GGGACCUGAACGCAGCACAGUCGGUGCUGGUGUGUUGUGUUGUUGUAGGCGUCACACUUCAUCCUAUGCAAAAAUGCUGUUGUUUCCCCCUCUUUGAGACUUUCCUGCUGCAGCGUAACAACGUGAGCUUUGAAUGCAUGCGUGCAACGCGCCCUGGAGCUUUCAAUGGUCCAUAGGGAAGACGGAAAUGCUUUCUAGUUAGCGUGUUAGCGGGCUAGCAGCUAACGCGUCAGUGCAUUACACCGCAGUCUGAGCUCCAUGGUUCCACAAAGAGGAAGAAAAUGACCUCUGCGUCCACCAAAGUUGGGGAAAUCUUCUCUGCCGCUGGUGCUGCCUUCACCAAACUGGGAGAGCUGACCAUGCAGCUUCAUCCCGUGGCUGACUCCAUCCCAGCUGGUGGUCAGACGAAGAGCACGGUGAAGAGGAAGCUGUAUGAAGACGGCACUCACACCUCUUCAGAGGGGCCUAAGAAGCCUGCGAAGAAAGCGACGGCCCUUGCUCCUUCCUUGGCCACAGCAGGCACAGCAAAGGUCACCUCAGGACCCAAGGCUCAUGUUGUGGCCACUGGUGGACUGCAGGGGGCACCUGGCAGCCAGGUAGCUUUGAAGAAACAGAAGACGGCAGAUGUCACUCUCAGCGCCCUGAACGACUCGGACGUCAACAGUGACCUGGUAGACAUCGAGGGACUCGGGGAGGGAGCCAACUCCAAGAAACUCAACAACUUUGACCAAGACACCUUGAACCUGGACUCCAGCCUCAUCAUGAACGCCAGCGACCUUCCUCUACUGUCCCGUUGACCUGGAUCUCAACAGAACACAAACUGCGUCACAGUGUGUUCUGGCUACCAAGCAGACGUCUGACCUUCAAGCUAAAACUUCACUGCAGGAGGUUUUGAAGACUUGGAGAUUUCCGUUCACUGUUUGUACGAUUGUUAUAGGAAUGUUAGCGAUUAGCUUCUUGUGUUUGUCACCAACCACUGCAGCGGAGUCGUCCACUCAGACGCAGGUCUGAAGGAGGAGCGCUGGAUUCACGCUCGUCACCAGGAGGUUGUGGUGUUUCUGUCAUGCCAUCAACACCUGCAGUCUUGUCUGUGUUUUUGUUUCAGUCUGACGGCAUUUUCGGCAGAAGUCUGAUUUGUAAAAUAACCAUUGAAUGCAGCUGCUUGGGAAAAGAUUGUAACUCCGUUGAACAAGUCUCGUGAUUGUGAGCAGCAGGAUGGAGGCUGGAGUGUUGUUUUUUUGUGACCGAGUAUGGGCUUUCUCCGUGUCCUCUGCGUCCUUCCAGAUCCAAAAUCUCAGUUGUGGCUGUGGACAGUGGAGUCGCACUCACCUGACCCGGGUGUGUACAUCCAAUCCAGCUCCCAAUUAACCAGACUGUUGGGCUGUGGGAGGAAACCGGAGUGCCUAAAGAAAACCCACACAAGCCGGGAGAAAACGCAAACUCCUUAUCUUCUUCCUCGAGCUGGAUGUUUGUCAUUUGUAUAUUAAGAACAGUCGUUUUAUUUUAAAUUAAAACUUAU